UUGACACAUGAAAUCGCGCAUUUUCUCGCGAUGGGUCGUUGCUUAAAAAUUACCCAUGACCCCUUGCGAAUCCUCUUUCUAGCCGGCGCCUGAGAAUGGGUAUCUCAAGGGACAACUGGCAUAAACGCCGCAAGACCGGUGGCAAACGCAAGCCUGUCCACAAGAAGAGGAAGUAUGAGUUGGGACGCCCUCCUGCAAACACAAAGAUCGGAGGCCGCCGUAUCCACACAGUGAGGGUUCGUGGAGGAAAUAAGAAGUACCGUGCCCUGAGGUUGGAUGUUGGCAACUUUUCUUGGGGAUCAGAAUGCUGCACACGCAAGACCAGGAUCAUUGAUGUGGUCUACAAUGCCUCCAACAACGAGCUGGUGCGAACCAAGACCCUGGUGAAGAACUGCAUCAUCCUUGUGGACAGCACUCCCUUCAGACAGUGGUAUGAGGCCCACUACGCAACUCCCCUUGGACGCAAGAAGGGUGCCAAACUGAGUCCUGAAGAGGAGGAAGCGAUCAACAAGAAGCGAUCCAAGAAGACUCAGAAGAAGUACGAUAAUCGCAAGAAGACCUGCAAGAUCUCCCCUCUUCUGGACGAGCAGUUCCUGCAGGGCAAAUUGCUCGCUUGCAUUGCCUCAAGACCGGGACAGUGCGGCAGAGCUGAUGGCUAUGUCUUGGAAGGUAAAGAACUCGAGUUCUACCUGAGGAAGAUCAAGGCCAAGAAAGGCAAAUAAAUGUACAGCCCUGUUUGAUACUGCGACCAUUAAAAAAAGAAAAGGAAA